AUGUCUUCUUCAAAACAUUCCAUUGAGGAGAAGCAAAUCAUUGAGGAACCAAACUCUGCUGAUACCACAGAUCCAGAUGCUGAAUUUGGAGGACUUGAAGAGAGACAGAGGCUGGAGCGCAAGCUUCUGUGGAAACUAGACUGCAGAAUGUCUAUCUUGAUUAUCAUCUACAUUUUGAACUAUAUUGAUAGAAACAACGCUGCGGCGGCCCGAUUGAGAGGUUUUGAGGCAGACCUUCACCUAAAGGGCCAAGAGUUUAACACUCUUUUAUCCAUCCUUUCCGUCGGAUAUAUCCUUAUGCAAAUACCUUCAAACAUGUUUCUGAACCACAUCGGAAGGCCGUCUCUUUACCUCCCCGUUUGCAUGACGAUAUGGGGAAUGAUAUCAGUUUUAACUGGCAUUACGAAGGGUUUCAUUGGAGCUCUGUUAACCCGAUUUUUUAUCGGAUUUGUGGAAGCCGCGUUCUUCCCUGGAGCUCUAUUUAUUCUUUCGAAGUGGUAUACGCGUAGCGAGCUCGGCUUGCGCAUAUGCAUUUUAUAUUGUGGAAACAUCAUUAGCAAUGCCUUCGGCUCUCUCAUGGCCUCUGGUAUCCUAGAUGGCAUGGAGGGUAAGUUAGGGAAACAAGCUUGGAGAUGGCUAUUCUUCAUAGAGGGUGCCAUAACUAUUGCCGUUGCGUUUGCAGCCAUUUUCAUCCUUCCAGAUUUUCCGACAACGACCCGAUGGUUGACACCAUUGGAACGUAGUCUAGCGUUGCGUCGUAUGGCCGAAGAUGGUGGGAUAAAGAUCGACGAUGAGGAAGGAGCAGAGGUGCUCUCCCAAAAUCCCGAAGGAGCCCUCGGAAGCACUAUAGUACCAAAGAAUAAGUUAGCAAGACUUACUCGUCACGGUCGUGGAUUCUGGCUCGCAGUAGGAGACUGGAAAGUAUGGUGGUUGGCGGUUGCUUUCACGGCGGAAGUGACGGCGCUAUCGUUUAACGCCUUCUUUCCUACGUUGACCGCCACGCUUGGCUUCAAUUCGACCAUAACGCUCAUUCUUGCGGCUCCUCCGUGGUUUGUGACAGCAAUAGCGGCAUUCUUCAAUGCAAGACACUCCGACAAACAUGGUGAAAGGUUCUGGCAUAUUAUCAGCCCUCUCUUUGUCGGCAUUAUCGGAUUUAUAAUUGCAAUUUCAACGAUGGAAUUAGCCGCACGUUACAUAGCCUUGUGGGUAUCUCCAGUAUUCGAUCCUCCGUUCCUGAUGUCUUUGUCUUAUGUUGGAUAUAUCGUAAUGUUCGCAUGGAUUUCAAAUAGCAUCCCUCGACCGCCGUCGAAGCGAGCUGUUGCAUUAGCCUUCAUAAACUGCACGUCGCAAUUGGGCAACGUUGCGGGGUCUCGAGUGGGGACCGUCUUACCGGAACUCGUAUGGGAUCUGCAUUGCACUACAGGGUCUCACAAUCAUUAUGUGCUGGAUAUUCAGGCGGCAUCUGAGGUCCCUGAAUGA